AUGGCGACCGAGUUCACCAUCUUCUCACAGCUGAUUACCGAGCUACGCCUGGAGAUCUGGCGGCUUGCCCUGCCUGCUCCUUUGAGAAGGCCUCUUUACCCCUACAAGAAGGGCUGCUGGGUGGUGGAGGAGAAAGGGCUGGAGCCAGGUCCGGACGGAGAGGAUCUUCGCCUGGAAUUCCACACCAGUCGGCUUGAUCCACUUCAAAUCAAGCUGCCUCUUGCUGCUGUCAAUCGCGAAGCACGCGAGGUUGCAAUUAAGUACGUCCGCGAGCAAAAGCUGUCAAUCCCGCGAGGCAGUACUCAAUCCGACUUCACUUUUCUACGACACUUCGAUUCAAGGACAGACACUAUGUUUCUCCCGACGCCUGAGAUCGAGACUUUCAUCGUGGACCAGUCAGACCGCUUGAGUGAGCCAGAUGUAGAAGGUCACCACUACUCUACCGACUAUCCGCUCCUGCAACGCCUUGCGAUCACGGCUCCCGGACUCAAGUUUUUGAAAGAAGAACUGGAAGGCAUUAUUGAUAUCAGCGCUCCCAUAUAUCAAUUUUACUUGGUCGAUGUGGCAUGUGAUAGCGCAUACAGCCUCAAAGAGCUUGAGAAUGCCAGCAAACACAUCCCUCUGGACCUUGAAGAUGGCUACCUUGCUCGACUCUCGUGGCGAAGCUCUCAGCGAGAAUGGGAGACCUCUGGGGAUGAAAAAGUGCUUGCAAUGAUGAGACAGCUUGCUGCCGGCCUCGACGAUCCUAGAUCUUCAACAAGCCGGUCCGAUUUGGACAUCGAGCUUGUGCAUCUGAACACGCGCGAACUGGCCUUGACUYGAAGCAACUGCUUCUCAGAAGUCAAAUCAUGGAAAGAUAGCCCGUGGAGUUGA